AGAUUCCAAGCUAACUAUAAAAAAAAUCUUGGAUUAUGAGAUUAUCCCUUUCUCUAUUCUCUCCUACAAAUCGUUUUGUGAUCACUUAUAAAACUAUUUUCUUCCACUCUUACCUUUUCUUUUUAUGUGCCUUCUGUUACCUUUUCUAUGCUAACUUUGUGAGAACAAUUAUGGCUGUUUCCUUUCUUGUACCAUUUAUGUGACAUUAUUAAUUUUCAUCACACAACACCCUUCUUAAAAAGACAUAACACCUUUCUCUUCCUUCCUUGUACUUCAGUAAUCCCUAUCAUAUUUAAUUAGUUGGUGUUCUAAUUUAUGUAACUUUGCAACUAGUUCAAUUUCAGCUUCUUUGUUUGAAGUAUUAAUAUUAUUAAUAUUGUACUAUACACUUUUGAUAUAUCCUUAGUUUUUGUCCAAAAAAAAAAAGUUAUAUCCUCAGUUAAUUUGUUCUCCUUUCACCUUUGAAAUCAUUAGUUUUUCCAAAGUGAGAUUGAGUUUAUUUGUUUUGGUUUGGUCUUCUUAGUGUUGUUUUGUACAAUGUUGUGAAAUUCCGGAUUCUAGGUGAACUCGUUUUGUCUAGGUAAAUUUGUAUCGUAAACUUGUUUUAUGUAUUGUUUUUGUUGAAGUUAUUGGUUUUCCAAAUUCAUUAGUUUGAAGUGUUUGAAAAAAAAAUCUUGCAAAUGCCUCCAACAAAUUUUCCUCUUCGUUGGGAGAGUACCGGUGACCAAUGGUGGUAUGCAUCACCGAUAGACUGGGCCGCAGCUAACGGCCACUAUGACUUGGUUCGCGAAAUGCUGAAAAUUGAUAGUAAUCAUCUCUUCAAACUGACUUCCCUACGCCGAAUCAGGCGUCUAGAAGUGGUGUGGGAUGAUGACGAAGAACAAUUCAACAAUGUUACAAAGUUUCGUUCGCAAGUAGCACAUAAACUUCUACUAGAAAGCGAAUCCAAGAAAUCGAAGAAUUCUUUGAUCAAGUCAGGCUACGGUGGAUGGCUAAUGUACACGGCUGCAUCAGCCGGAGACUUCAACUUUGUUCAAAUUCUUCUUGAGAGGAAUCCUUUGUUGGUUUUCGGUGAAGGAGAAUAUGGUGUUACUGAUAUACUUUAUGCUGCUGCUAGAAGCAAGAAUUGUGAUGUUUUUAAGCUGCUUUUUGAUUUUGCAGUUUCACCAAGGUUUGUUACAAGUAGAGGUGGGAUUAUGGAAGAACAAAUUGGUGAAAUUCCUUCUGCUUAUAGGUUGGAAAUGAUUAAUAGAGCUGUUCAUGCUGCUGCUAGAGGUGGUAAUUUGAAGAUUUUAGAGGAACUUCUUGCAAAUUGUUCUGAUGAUAUUUUGGCUUAUAGAGAUGCUGAAGGUUCAACUGCUUUGCAUGCUGCUGCAGCAAGAGGGAAAGUUGAGGUGGUUAAAUAUCUAGCAUCAUCCUUUGACAUAAUCAACUCAACAGAUCAUCAAGGAAACACUGCUUUACAUGUAGCUGCUUCGAGAGGCCAAUUAUCAGCAGUUAAUGCUCUAAUAUCUUUGUUUCCAACAUUAAUCUCUCAUAGAAACAAUGCAGGAGAAACUUUUCUCCACAAAGCUGUUUCUGGUUUCCAAACUCAUGCAUUUCGAAGACUUGACCGACAAGUCGAGCUUUUGAAAAAGCUAUUAUCCACAAAUCACUUCCAUGUAGAAGAAAUCAUCAACAUCAAGAACAAUGAUGGAAGAACAGCACUUCAUAUGGCAAUCAUAGGAAACAUUCACAUUGAUCUUGUUCAACUUUUGAUGACAGCACCUUUCAUAAACCUCAACAUAUGUGAUGUUCAUGGUAUGACACCACUUGACUACCUUAAACAAAAUCCUAAUUCAUCGAAUUCAGAUAUUUUGAUCAAGAAAUUGAUCUCGGCUGGUGGAAUGUUUGGUUUUAGAGGCUAUGAUUCAAGAAAAGCUAUAGCUUCACAUUUGAGAAUGCAAAGUAUUGGAAGUAGUCCUGGCACGAAAUUUCAAAUCUUAGACAGUGAAAUAUUUUUGUACACCGGAAUCGAAAAUGUAUUAUCAAAUCAUCAUCGUGGUGGAAUCAUUGGAACGAGUAAUUCGUCUUCAUCAGAACACAUUCCAUAUGAAUCAACCAAUGAAAAUUCUAUCUCAGUUUCAACUACUAGCAAAAGGCCAAGCUCAGUUAACUAUGCAGCAUCAAGGUUGAAAAAAGCACUUCAUUGGAGUACUAAACCAAAAGAGAAGAAAAUUGAAAGAUCAAAGAAAUUAUCCAAUGAUGACGUUUCAUUGGAUUCAUCAUCAUGCAAGAAAAUGAGUACUAAUAGUUUUGAUGAAAUUUCACUUAGACAAAGAUUUUCUUCGGCUUCUAAGACGAAUUUGAUUCCAAACAACAAAAGAACACUUUCUGUAAGGAGUUAUCAAUCAAGCCCUAAUGCUAAGAAGAGAUUUGCAUCAGCAAGAACAAGAUCAAGUUCUUUUUCAAAAUCAUCAAUUUCUUCACCUGGAUCAAUUGAUAAUAAGCAAAAGGGUGUUUAUAUCGAUAAUGACGAUAUUGUUGCCGGACCAUCUUGCUUGAGUCAACAACUACCUUAUGAUGAUGAUGAGACACCGAAAUUGGUUAAGAGAAAUUCUGUUAGCAGGAAGUUGAAGGGUCAUUACUUCUGUUUUGGUGCACCUGGUCUUAAUGUGAAAAAUUCAGUUCAUAAACCUAGUUUUGUUGCUGUGGCUUAAUCGUGAUGAGGUUAGCUAGUUCUUGACUAGACUAAUGUGAAAUAAUGAAGGGAAAAAUUAAGCUUGCUUGAUCAAUAAGAAACUUGAAUUCCUAUUAAGGGUUUUUAAGGGAAGUUUCUUAGUUGUAACUUUUUAUAUAGAUUAUUAUUAUAUUUUGUUAAUUGAGAUUAGCUUAAUCUCAUGCUUCAAAUCUUAACUGAAAAUUUCUGUGUUGUAACUUGUAAUAUGCUUCUUAUCAUAUUGGAAUCAUUUUAGCACUA